AUGUCCCUUGAGUGUCAGCAGUGUGGCAAGUGUUUUAACAAUGCAGGGCACUUUAGGGCUCAUAAAAGAUUCCACACUGGGGAAAAGCCAUAUGAAUGUAAAGAGUGUGGCAAGUGUUUUAGCCGAUCAGGAGCCCUAACGAUACAUGAAAGAGUUCACACUGGGGAAAAGCCGUAUGAAUGUAAACAGUGUGGUAAGUGUUUUAGUGUAGCAGGAAACCUAAGGAGACAUGAAAGAGUUCACACUGGGGAAAAGCCUUAUGAAUGUAAACAGUGUGGCAAGUGUUUCAAUCUAGCAGAAAACCUAAGGACUCAUGAAAGAGUUCACACUGGGGAAAAGCCUUAUGAAUGUAAACAGUGUGGCAAGUGUUUUAGUCUGGUAGGAUACCUAAAGCGUCAUGAAAGAGUUCACACUGGGGAAAAGCCAUAUGAAUGUAAACAGUGUGGCAAGUGUUUUAGUGAAGCAGGACACCUAAGGACUCAUGAAAGAGUUCACAGUGGGGAAAAACCUUAUGAAUGUAAACAGUGUGGCAAGUGUUUCAGCCAAGCAGGAAGCCUAAGGACUCAUGAAAGAGUUCACACUGGGGAAAAGCCUUAUGAAUGUAAACAGUGUGGAAAGUGUUUUGGCCGAGCAGAACACCUAACGAUCCAUGAAAGAGUUCACACUGGAGAAAAGCCUUAUGAAUGUAAACAGUGUGGCAAGUGUUUCAGCCAAGCAGGACUCCUAAGGACUCAUGAAAGAGUUCACACUGGGGAAAAGCCAUUUGAAUGUAAACAGUGUGGAAAGUGUUUUAGCUUAGCAGCACACCUGAAGCGUCAUGAAAGAGUUCAUACUGGGGAAAAGCCAUAUGAAUGUAAACAGUGUGGUAAGUGCUUCAGCACAUCAGAAGAUUCCACACUCGUGAAAAACCUUAUGAAUGUAAACAGUGUGGUAAGUGUUUUAGUCAAGCAAGACGCCUUAGGACUCAUGAAAGGGUUCACACUGGGGAAAAGCCUUAUGAAUGUAAACAGUGUGGCAAGUGUUUCAGCCAAGCAGGAAGCCUAAGGACUCAUAAAAGAGUUCACAGUGGGGAAAAGCCUUAUGAAUGUAAACAGUGUGGCAAGUGUUUCAGCCGAGCAGGAAGCCUAAGGACUCAUGAAAGAGUUCACAGUGGGGAAAAGCCUUAUGAAUGUAAACAGUGUGGCAAGUGUUUCAGCCAAGCAGGACAUCUAAGGACUCAUGAAAGAGUUCACACUGGGGAAAAGCGUUAUGAAUGUAAACAGUGUGGCAAGUGUUUCAGCCGAGCAGGAAGCCUAAGGACUCAUGAAAGAGUUCACACUGGGGAAAAGCCUUAUGAAUGUAAACAGUGUGGCAAGUGUUUUAACCAAGCUGGAAACCUGAGGAGUCAUGAAAGAUUCCACACUCAGGAAAGGUCACUUAAAUUUUCCCAGAAAAACAAAUGUCUGUCCAAACGAUUGGAAUCCUGUAAAAGGAAGAGAGCAGGAAGUGAAAACGUUGUGAGGGUCACAGGCUUUACAGAGAACCAGCAGACACAGAGAGAAACCGGAAACAAUGGUGUAACAGAUGCACGAUCGGUCUUUAUUGAGAAACACAGCUGUUGGAUUUGUCAAGAGGAGAUUAGUAGUGAGGCUCUUCUUCUUCAACAUUAUGAAAAUCAUGUGACCCAUGUUUGUGACAAUUAUUGUUGA